AUUUUUAACAUUAUUGCAGAACCGGGUGCGGGUACCUAUCCUUGUAAUGCCACGUACGCCGGUUCCGAAGUGAUGUCAGAGAUAGAGGUUCGCAGCGUCACUGAGUACAUGACAAAUCUGGUCAAUUCUGGUGAGGAUAUACGCGUUUUUAUUGAUUUCCACUCGUACGGACAAAUGUGGAUGUCGCCGUGGGGUUACACCGAAAAUUCCCGACCCGAUGACUUUGACGAUCAGAACAAUCUGCUGGCAGACGCGGUAGCUGCCGUGGUCGCUGCCUAUGGAACUAACUACACGCAUGGACCGAUAGCAAAUACGAUGUAUGUAGCAUCAGGAAACAGUGUGGAUUGGACAUAUGGUGCGCUGGGCAUUACAUAUUCGUACGUAGUGGAGCUUCGCGAUAAGGGCUGGUACGGAUUCUCACUUCUUAGGUCCCUAAUUGUAAUAGAAACACCACUCAAACAAUUAAUGUAA